AUGGAAACACACCAAUCUUUGUUAGACAACCCUAGAAAAUCCGUUUCCAAAACUAUAUGCUUAAUCUUCUCUGUAGCUGUUGUGCUAACUUCAUCAGCUCUUAUUGCUUCCUAUAUCUCAAAACCCUCUCCCUUAUUCAACCACGACAUUUCUCACCGUGUUUGUGAUCAUGCAAUUGAUCCUUCAGCCUGCUUGGCACAUGUCUUGGAAGUGGAACAAGAUCCGAUGUUCGGUGCCACACAAAACCAUAGAUUCGGAUUGCUCAAAUCCUUUUUAAUGAAAUCCACCUCACACAUUGAGAGAGUGAUAGGGGCAUCCAACGCUAUGAGGGUGAGGAUGAACAAUCCAGGAGAAGAAGCCGCUUUGCGGGAUUGCGUGGAGCUGAUGGAGUUGUCCGUGGACAGAGUUUGGGACUCAAAGGCCAACCUAACCAAAGGGACCACUGAUUCGGCGCAAGAUGCCCACACUUGGCUAAGAAGGGUGCUCACCAAUCAUGUAACUUACUUGGAGGGACUGAAGGGGCGAGCUCCAAGGGUGAUGGAGGCAGAGGUUCAGGACUUGAUCUCGAGAGCAAGAAGCUCUUUAGCCAUGUUCGUUGCUGUUUUGCCUCCAAAUCCGGAGGUUGAAGUCGUGUCGCUAAUUGAGAGAGCUUCUUUCGUGCGAGGCUCGACUUUCUCAGGUGGCGAUUGGCGGAGGAACGAGAGAGCUUCUCUCGCGCGCGGAGAAAAGGCAAGGAGAGAGAAAUCGAUGCCAACCGACAAUGGUCCCGGUGGCGAUUGGUGUCGCCGGCGACGCCUUGGCCUGAGCGGAAGGUCCGGCAUGGCGGCUGGUCCGAUGGAGGCUCUGCUCUUCCGGAGAAGACGAACGUGA